AUGUCUUGUCUUUCCCAUUUCAGCUCCUGGUGGGCCCAUGUGGAGAUGGGGCCCCCAGAUCCCAUCCUGGGAGUCACAGAAGCCUUUAAAAGAGACACCAACAGCAAAAAGAUGAACCUGGGAGUCGGUGCCUACCGGGACGAUAAUGGAAAGCCUUACGUGCUCCCCAGUAUCCGGAAGGCAGAGGCCCAGAUUGCUGCAAAAAAUCUGGACAAGGAAUACCUGCCCAUCGGGGGACUGGCCGAGUUUUGUAAGGCGUCUGCAGAGCUGGCCCUGGGCGAGAACAGCGAAGUGCUGAAAAGCGGCCGGUAUGUCACCGUGCAGACCAUUUCUGGAACCGGGGCCCUAAGGAUCGGAGCCAGCUUUCUGCAAAGAUUUUUCAAGUUCAGCCGAGAUGUCUUUCUGCCCAAACCGACCUGGGGGAACCACACGCCCAUCUUCAGGGACGCUGGCAUGCAGCUGCAGGGCUACCGCUAUUAUGACCCCAAGACGUGCGGCUUUGACUUCACGGGCGCCAUGGAGGACAUUUCCAAAAUGCCACAGCAGAGUGUCCUCCUCCUGCACGCCUGUGCCCACAACCCCACGGGCGUGGACCCUCGCCCCGAGCAGUGGAAGGAGAUAGCCUCCGUGGUGAAGAAAAACAACCUCUUUGCGUUCUUCGACAUGGCCUACCAAGGCUUUGCCAGCGGCGAUGGCAACAAGGAUGCCUGGGCUGUGCGCCACUUCAUCGAACAGGGCAUUAAUGUUUGCCUCUGCCAGUCCUAUGCCAAGAACAUGGGCUUAUACGGUGAGCGUGUGGGAGCCUUCACUGUGGUCUGCAAAGAUGCCGAUGAGGCCAAAAAGGUGGAGUCACAGUUGAAGAUCUUGAUUCGCCCCAUGUAUUCCAACCCUCCUGUCAACGGGGCCCGGAUCGCCUCCACCGUUCUGAACAGCCCCGAUCUGCGAAAGCAAUGGUUGCAGGAAGUGAAAGGCAUGGCCGACCGCAUCAUUAGCAUGCGGACCCAGCUGGUCUCCAACCUCAAGAAGGAGGGCUCCUCCCACAACUGGCAGCACAUCACCGACCAGAUUGGCAUGUUUUGUUUCACAGGACUGAAGCCCGAGCAGGUGGAGCGGCUGACCAAGGAGUUCUCGGUCUACAUGACAAAGGACGGCCGCAUCUCCGUGGCAGGAGUCACCUCCGGCAACGUGGGCUACCUUGCCCAUGCCAUUCACCAGGUCACCAAGUAAUGUCCGUGAUGAGAGGAAACAGAGACAACCCCCCUGCCAACCUCUGCUGCUGUGGGCUGCACACGGAGGAAGAGGGAGGGUGGGUGGUGGUGGGCGGAUCACUUCUUUCAACCACAGUACUGAAAACUCAGCGAUGGAAUGGUUUCUCGGCAAAGGACUUGUAGGGAACUGGGCAGAGGCAUCUGUGGCUGGUGCGUGGAACUUUGUGGCUCUAAACCAAAAUCUCCCUCAUCUGUGUACCUCCAGCUUUUCCGAAAGAGUUUACAUGUACAAGAACGUCAUAGCCAAAAACCUGUCAAUCACACCAUUGCAAUAUUCCAGAAGCUUUAACCGAAGCACCUGAUGGUGUCGAUGCCACGUAUUCGAGCCUCUCUGAGAAGACCUGGCUCCAGCCAUCAUGGUCAGCCUCACAGUUGUGCUCCCGGAUUGAGCAGCCUCACCAGCAGACCACGUUGCAGAACCCGAGCUUCGUGAAAGCUAGCGAGUCGGCUGCCACGGCAACCAGGAACACGAAAAGAUGCUGUUUCCGGUCUUACUUAAGAAAAAGAGCGAGAAGGCUCUGCUUCUGGUACUUAUUUGUGGGCAUUUCAAUGUUCCCUUCUCUUCUGUCAGCGCUGCUCUUCUCCAUAGACACAAAGAUCUGUAGCCAGCCUAGAUUUUCACCCUCUUCUGCUUGAUGACCAUCAACCCCACCCUGUAGCGCUUACUCACCUGAAGAAUGAAGAACAUAAUUUACUGCUCACCCCACACCCUCACCUCUCAACAAAGAAUAGCGGAGAAUGGUUAACAGAUUAUUGCAGCGUCCUCUUCAGUGAUUGCUUGUCUCCCGCCGGCAUGUCGCCUCUGCCCAGUUGGACCUCGUACCCUAGUGCAGUGUUGUGCAGCCACUCAUCUCCCGUCCCGGGGGAUGCAGGUUGAGCCAGGCAGGAGGAUAUUCAGGUUUUGGUUUUAACCUUCGUGCGCUUCCAGCUGGGCUCGGGCUUCACUCACCCUUUAGAAAGAUCACCACCACCUACUCUAAUCAUGUAGACCUACUGCAGCCUGGUUUCUCUGUUACAAUAAAGUUACUGCGACCCAACCA